ACCCACCCAGACUAGAAGGAGGGGAGGACAGACAGCGUGCUCGUCCCUCUAACAGACAGAGGUGGAAGGAAAGUGGGAAUGAGAGACAGACGUGAGGGGGAGAAGAGGAGCACAAUGAAGGAGUGCCAUUGUCCAUCCUGGCAGCACUGCCAUUUCACCAUCUGCUGAGAGAGAGCGAGAGAGAGAGAGAGAAAAAGAGAGAGAGAAAAAGACAGAGAGAGAGAGAGAGUGGAGGGAAGAGAAGAGAAGAGAAGAAGAGGAAGCCAAACGGAGGAGAGGAUAGAUGGAGAGGAGCUGCCGGCAGUGACUUUGUGAAUUAAUCGAGCGGAAGAGUGUAUCAGAGGAGAAGCACGUUUUUCAGGGAGUGGACGGACGGAAAGCCAGGAAAGAAGAAAGACAGGACGAAUGCGCGUCUGCUGCUGUUUAAACAUUAAUGGGGUUCUCAUGUGAAGAUUGAGCCCAGCUUUAGAUGAAUCAACAUGGAUUAUCAGCUACAUGCUCUUUAAACCAAAAAAAAAGGAACUAUUUAUGUUUUGCCAUUCUUGAAAAAAAGAACUUUUAGAUAAAUUGAUUAGACUUACUUUGUACAAUUUGAGUUACUUUAUCAUUGUGUAAAUAUAGACUCUUUGUGACUUCUUCUCUGCAGGGUACUAUACGAUCUUUGUUAGCUGCUGCACAGAAUAUUCAGGUUGUUUUUAUGCAACUUUUCUAAACACAAGUGUUGUCUUUUAAAAGUAAGUGGUUUAUGUAGUUGUUGUUUCUACUGUAGUUAGAAAAGUGAUAGUUGUUCUUUUUAAAUAUUGUCCGACACAGAGAUCUACACUCUCUAAUUGGAGUCAGUGCAUGCAGCCGACAUGGGAUGUCAACAUUGAUUGGGUUUUAUUGCUGGCGCGACGCUGGUCAAACUUUGAUCAUUUCCUGAAACCUAUUGAUCUUUCUAGGAGUCUGUAGUUUUUCCUCCGGUUGGAUGAAAAAAAAUGGUCUUUUAAUGCAGCUAUUAAUUGCUGCCGUGUGACUCGAUAAAGUAGUUAUCUCUUUGUCUGAAGAUUUCUGUCGUUGUCGGGACUAUCCUCCGCAGGCAUCUCUUUUAAUGUCUGUUGCCAUAGCAACGGGCAGCAGCUGCAGACAGAAAAACAUGUAAAGUUCAUUUUUUCUUGUCUUAUCUUUAAAACUGGUGCUGUUCCAUUCGUUAAUUGUGUAUUUUUAGGAGAUAAGAAGCAGUAGACCUUAAUAGUUGUAGAGUUUCCUUCUUAGACAGGAUUUUUUCUUUCUUUACUAGACAGUCUUUGUCUAUGCGGCGCUCGGCAGUCUCCGAGAAUCAGGGUUGUUUCAGGUCACCUGUCUCCCCCUCCCCAUUCUGUGUGCUGGUCUUGUGCGAUUCAGCUCAGCGCUGCUUGUCCUGAUCUCACCUUUAUCUACCGCGACUACGGCAACGUGUUCAUCAGUCAAGCUGAUGUGCUAGAAUCAGGAAUGGCUGCAUAGAUUUGAUUAUCUUACUGGUUCCACUUGUGCAUAUCACUCUGUGCAGCUGCUUAGCCUCAUGGCCACUAAUCACUGAUUAUUAGGUGUUCUAUGUCUGUGACAGUCUGUUCCUAUUGCUGUCUGUGUGUAGGUGACUCAGGACGUCACCUCAUGUAGAGGGUCAACUCCUCUGCAGUCACCUGACCUACACUGUGUGCUGUCUAUUAAAACAUCCUCAAGUAAGACAAUGGUUAUCGCUGCUUAUAGAGCAUUUCAGCAUCUCUUUGUUUAAGACCACACUUGCCCUUUUCUCUAUCUUUGUUUGAUCUUUACACUUUUUUAAGUGCUAAUUCUCUCUUUGGACUAUUUUUUAGCGGUGUUUAACAGACUGUUAUAUUUGGUCUGCAUGCUCUUUGAUUGUCCAACUACAGGUGUCUUUUGUGACUUUUCCAGCCAUACUUCUUUAAAGUUUUCUGGAGAUCAUCCCAGCCUGUCUGGCAGUGCAUAAUUAUGACUGGAUCCUCCAUGGUGCUUUUGAGCCAAGACCAGAUGGAUGACUAGCUUGAAUUGCUAGACAAUCCCUCUGUGGUGCUAGACUAGUGUAGGCGACUGUUCCUUUUCCAUGCAUCCAGCGCCCACUGCAAGCUGGUGCACUUUACUUCAAACACAAUCGUGUUAUGAAAUAGACUGUGGAAAAAUUUCUGUUUUCACAAGGUGUCACUAAAACAUUGGUGCCAAAUUUACAGUCUUGUGCAAGGGGUAUAGUCAGGGUGCGUGUGAGCCUUGUUAGACUUUGAGGGAGUAAAGGUCAACAGAUUGUAAAUAUGACUAGUGCCUCAACAGCACUGAGGUGUCAGUUUGCUGCAGGACUGUAGGUGUAGACUUGCUGCAGGACUGUACGUGUAGACUUGCUGCAGGACUGUACGUGUAGACUUGCCUCCUGCAGAGGUCAAACUGCUGCAGACUGUUUUGUUUGUGGGACUUUGGGUUGUGAGAGACUGCUGAUGUCAGCGGGACUGUUUGCCUUCUGGGUUGGACUAUGCAGAAUAUGAGCUGAUACGUGGUGUCUGUACUGUUUGUAUUAGAACUGAGAGUUAACCUGCUGCUUGAUAAGCCCUGCCUAAGAUAAGGAGGGAAACAAGUCUAGAGUAAAACACUCUUAAUUAAACCAUAUCGGGCCGUGUCAGCGCUCUUCUCUCAGGUAACUGACUAUAAUCUGGGCUUGUUGUUUAAACUAGGCAGAAAUAAAGUAACAGGGUAAGAGCAGUCGUGCCUAGAGAGGUCAGAAUAUCAACACAGUGCAGAUUUAUUUGAGCAUUUCCAGCUGGAUGAGUUAGUUCACGUUCAUCUCUGAGGAUCCUCCAGCAACAUUCAGGGAACCCUGGGUUGGGAGUUCAAACCAGACCAAUCAGGUCUCAUUACCAUCACAACAAGCCCACCGGUAGUCAUCAUCAGCCAAUGACCUACAUUCUCUAGUGUUGCAUGACCACGUGCUCCUGCAGUGUGUGUCACUGUACCAGACGCAGACAAUAUCUCAAACUACCACUUUCUAAUGGUGCUCCGGAGAAAAAACUAAAAAAAACAUCCUUAACUGAGGUAGCCAGGUUUUAGGGCGUCUCACUUGAACUGAGGCAGCCUCACUUGUUUUAGCCAUAUCAGAAACUACAGUCAGGAACGGCCCCAACACUGCUGGGCCAGUCUUAAAUACUAACUAUUUUCCUUCGUUUUCUACUCGUGUCUAAAUAGGUGACCAUGCCUUGCCUCUAGCCAUCCGUAAUAUUACAGUGAGAGGCCGAACGUCAGGGGUCACCAUUUAUAUAUUAGACAGGGGGACUGUUAAAGGAGACAGCCUGGAGAACGGGCGAGCCCACGAGGGAGGGGGUAAGGGGGAGCGAGAGAUCAUCUGGAAGAGGAGAGAGGAAGUGGUGGUGCGGGAGAGGGCAGAGGCGUUAGAGAGACAGAGGUUGGCGGAGUACAUUGUGUGGAGGAAGAGAGACGACUUCCAGGAGAAGAGAGGAGACAGAGACAAGGGAGGAAGGAGUGUGGAGAGAGUGAAGGAGACCGGGCCAGAAGUGAUCUGGAAGAAGAGAGAGGAAGAGGAGGGAGACACGGGGAGGGAUAGAGCGAGGGCCAUUCAGAGAGGACAUGAAACUGUUUGGAGGAAGAGAGAGAGGGAGUAAAAGAAAGGGAGCUCAAUAAACGAUUUUAAGGUAUCAUGCAUUUGAAAAGUAGGUGUUAAGAAAGGCGUGCUGCUACUGAAGACCAGCCAUACAUCAGUAAGCCUUCUCUCUCGUCUUUAACAGUUCUGGGCUUCAUUGAGCUCUGCAGGUGCUCGCUGUAGUAUUGACCAAUUGGAGCUCAGUAGUGUGUGUGUCUGUGUGUCUGUGCGUGUGUCUGUGCGUGUGUGUGUGCGUGUGUGUGUGUGUGUGUUGUCGUGUUGGUGCUCACAGCCCCCUUGCGAUCCCCUCGUUGGCUGCUAAUAGGAUUUUUAUGGGGCUGUGUCAAGCAGGUUAUAGCCGCCAAGGGAAGCUGCUUCACACGUGCAUGCAUAUGUGCACGCCAACACACAUAUACACACAGAUAAUCUAAGAGACACUGUGGGCAGGGAGGGUUUAUUCUCCCUCACAUGCAUGUAAACACAUAACGUGCAAAUGCUCGCUCCCCCCUGUGCAGUAACACAUGCCAGGGAGUGUUGAGAGAAAUCACUUGUGCUGAUUCUCCAUGGUGCUGCCGACAGCUGGAUAACUGGCGCUCACUGAGAGGCUGUCACGUUGGGACAAGAUACUCCCAGAUAUUGUUUUACAUUGUGGCAAAAACACCAAGACAAACACUAAGACCACAGAGCUAAGACCACAUCAUCGUCAGUCCCAGGGAACACAAUGAACAUUGAAGCAGAUUUAAACUGAACUGAUGACAACAUGAUCUGCGCUGGUGCACUAAAAACAAACUUUCUUCAUCUGCAGUCGAGCGUUAACUGGGACACCGCACUUCUCCUCUCCACCUUUUCUCAUUUUUCUCUCAUUGUGGAUAAAGCCCUUUUUGUAGCAGUUCGGUUUUGGCUGCAUGGUAAUGAGUGGAGGACAGACAACCAGACAGAUGGAUGCAGCUCUUACGCCGAGCAAGACAGACAGAUGGCUGUGUGUCCUUUUAGGGAGAAACUUUGAAUCCUGAGACAAAGAGACAUUGAAGGAAUCACUAGAGCCUGUGUGGACUGUCGCGGACAUAAAAACUGACGCUGCAGAUUCAUCAUGGAGCUUGUCCCAAAAACCAAGUACACACACUUUCGGAGUGAAUCGCUGAGCUCAAAUGAUGAAACAAACUCCAAUCCGUCAUCGUUCCCUCCGUCCAGUCCUGCUACCCCACUCACUCCAUCCCCUGGUUUACCUUCUUCUCUCUCCUCCUCAUCUCUCACCCCCAUCUUACCCCCCUCUUCUCCCCGGCCAGCUGAGAACAGCCCCACCACCCUCUGCUCCUUCUUCCCCAGGAUGGGAUCCCUGCGUCUCGGUGUCUCCACCACUCUUCUCCCAGGACUCAAGGCCUCGAGCAGGCUGCAGCAGCCCCACACGCCUGUUGAGUCCUCUUGGGAUGACAGGAGAAGCUCUAGCUCCUCCUCUCCGCUUCUUCACCCUAUUCCCCCUCUAAUUGCUCCUUCUCCUCCUCCCCGACCUCCUCUGCAGGACAUGAACCGGCUGGGAGGGGCGUCCAGGAGGGCACGGGUGGAAGGAGGGCAACUGGGAGGAGAUGAGUGGACGCGCCAUGGCUCCUUCGUCAACAAGCCCACCCGUGGCUGGCUGCACUCUGACAGUGUGGUCACUACCGCCGGUGUUUCUUACGCUGUACGGUACAUGGGUUGCGUGGAAGUGCUACAGUCAAUGCGAGCACUGGACUUCAACACUAGAACUCAGGUCACCAGGGAGGCAAUAUCUGUGGUGUGUGAGGCGGUACCUGGAGCCAAAGGAGCCCAACGCAGGAGAAAGCCUUCCUCUCGCAGUAUGACGUCCAUCCUGGGAAAGAGUAACCUGCAGUUUGCUGGCAUGACAAUCAGCCUCACCAUCUCGACCAGCAGCCUCAAUCUGCAGGCCCCCGACUGCAAACAGAUAAUUGCCAAUCAUCACAUGCAGUCCAUCUCCUUCGCCUCUGGAGGAGACCCAGAUACGGCUGAGUACGUAGCAUAUGUGGCCAAAGACCCAGUCAACCAGAGAGCAUGUCACAUCCUGGAGUGCUCAGAGGGUUUAGCCCAGGAAGUCAUCAGCACCAUCGGGCAGGCCUUCGAACUGCGUUUCAAACAGUACCUAAAGAACCCACCCAAACUGGUCACACCUCACGACAGAAUGGCUCCAUUCGACGGCUCUGCGUGGGAGGAAGAAGAUGAUGACGCCGCUCCGCCUGCUGAUGUCCCUUACUAUAAUAAUUUCCCUGGAAAACAGCCUCCCCCUGGUGGACUGGUUGACAUGAGGACCCGCCCAGGGGCAACGCUGCCUUAUGGACAGCCAGGACAGAACGACAUUCACAAGCAGCCUCUGCCGCCUCUACCAGUGGGUGCCAAAGAAGGAGGGAGGGAGAUGUUCGAUGACCCCUCAUACGUCAAUGUGGAUAAACCCCGCCCCCCAGUUGCAGCAAAUGGAAACGCUCACAGAGAUGCUUUUGACAUGAAGCCAUUUGAUGAUGCCCUGGGGGUUUCCGGGCACGGUGGACCGAGCUCAGUGACAACAGCGCCCCCUCUGGUGCAGCAGUUGCAGUGUGAGGCCUGGUUCCACGGAAGCUUAAGUCGCAGGGAAGCGGAGAGGCUGCUGACCCGAGAUGGCGACUUUCUCGUGCGGGAGUCCGGGACCACGCCCGGACAGUACGUCCUCACAGGGCAGCAGGGGGGUCAGCCCAAACACCUGCUACUAGUCGACCCAGAAGGAGUGGUUCGUACUAAAGAUCAUCGGUUUGAAAGUGUGAGUCACUUGAUCAGCUACCACAUGGACAACAGACUCCCCAUCGUAUCAGCUGGUAGCGAAGUGUGUCUGCAACAGCCAGUCGAGCGCAGGGCCUGAUGCUGCAACGACCAAUGAAAUGCACCACCAAAUAUACACGCACUCCUUCUGCAAUUCAGCAUACAAUGAAAACAUCCACAUGUUAAUAACACAUGCAGCGACACUGCAUUUAACACACUCAAACAUACACAAGAACACACACCGCAAAGAAAACCAAAAAAGUUUUAAAAAAAAUCACCUUUAUGCUCUGCAAAGUCACUUACUUGCUGCUGUUGCCACAUGUUCCUAUCCUCUCUGAAAGCCAAACUGUGAUCUGCAGUCCCUCCUCGACCCCACCGACCGUCAGAUGCAUCGCUCCACAACGGAGAAGCACUGCUGCAAUUUCUCAUCAGCCUACUGUGAACCAGGGAGAAGCCCUAUGCUUAUUUCAGAAAGGGGCCGAAAACAAAUGCAAAUUUUUUUUUUCUUUUCGUUCAAUUAUGAAAAACAAAACACUUUACUAAUACGUGAAAUUGUGUACAAAGAAAUGAUGGAACUGAAGAGUGAAGAGACAAUGUGACGUGGACUAAGCUUGUGUUCUUUUCAUCUGGAGGAAAUGAUCUCCCUCCUCAGACUGUCGCUGGAGCGUGUUUGGCAAAACCCAAACUGGAUGGCAACAGUUCUUUGUCAUUGACACUGAACCAGGCUUGAACAGAAACACUCCCUUCAGGUGUCACGUGAGCUUUUUGGCUGCAAACCUGACUUUGACGUAACUCUGCCUGAUGAAUAUGCAUAAACCAGUCGGCUUCCGAUUCAAUCAGGAGGGCCACCCUACACACAACCACUCUCCCGUUAGAGACUUUUGAACUUUGAGGUGGAGCUGAUGAGGAAGGCCUGUAUGCAAAACUGGGACUGCUAUGCCAAUGACCAUCAUAUAUCUGUUUAUUUCGUGUGUUUUGUUCUAUCUUGGGGCGCAUUACUAAUCGGACAUGGGGGUUUAAGAGGAUCGUAACAGCUGUACUGCCCUAAUCCCUCUGUAAACACAGAUACACCUUUACGCAACACGGUCUGCACCACCUCACGCCAAAGAACAUGAACUUGGUCGCUAACAGCAGAAGAGAAAGCCAUUAGAAUUAUCAACUGUUAUCUGUCUUGUGUAAUAAUUACAGCUUUGGGAGCUAAUUAAAUGGACGGAAUUGCACAUAAAAUGGGCCUGUGUUGGACGGAAGAAGAAUCAAGGUGCUCGUGCCUGAAUACAUCGUCAGAAGGGCUUUGCUAUCACCUACAUACACAAUAACAACUGCGUGUAGAGAAGCAUGGACCAGAUCAUUCUGAGCCACUGCUUCUCGUUGACAUCUAAGUAUGUGUUUGCAUUGACAAUCUAUGGGUUAUAUCUUCACAGAGUAAACUGAAAGCAAUGGAGUGUUAAAGGUGAACCCUUUAAGCGGCGGCCAAUAAGAAAUGUUGAGCAGUCUAAGCAAAGAAUUUCCCUCUGCAAAAAAAUGAUGCAAAGUAUGUGAUAGUAAGUGGUUAGGUAAAAAUGUUUGUGUAUUGUGAUGUUGCUUUACUUUUUAAAUCACUUGAGGGAAUCAUUUUGUAAAAGCUUGUAUCAAAUGAAGUGGUUCUGGGGUAAUAGAAGAUAAGGACAUGCAUGUUUUCGGAGCGUUGCUAACGAUGAAAUGUUGAGCUGAACGCUGCUCCUAGUUGUGCUGUUUUAAAAAAAAAAAAAAAAAAAUGGAGGAUCCAAAAGGGAGACGUUCUCCUCUCCUCUUCCUCCUCCCUCAACUCAUGACGUUGUUUUUUUAUAUCUUUUUAUAUCGUGCCUUGUUUCUUCGAUGCAGUCACGUCACUUCAAUGCAGUCACCUUAUGUACUUAAUUCAAAUGUAGUCGCCUACAGGAGAAUCUCACACAAGCCUCUCAGUUAAAACAAAGACGCAAAAAUGACACUCCAGUAAACACACACGAUCCGAUCCAGUGAUAGCAAUCUCCUCCUGAUGCAUUCAGCAUAUAUGUAUAGUCACAGAUACUUGAUGUCACCAUAGUGGGGAUACUUCCUGACCACCUGUAAAUAACAUCAGCUUUUAAUUGGUCAGCUUGGUAAUUGUUUCCAUUGUUGUAUAUUUGAAGACCUAUUUGAUAAGUACCACCAGACACCACAGCACCGCGGCAGCUCUCUAAGCCAAUUGAACGCGUCAAAGAGAUUGUUUCCAAACUCCUGCAAUACGAGAAGGGAUCUUUUCAACUUCAGUUCUCAAACCCAGAAGUGGUCUCACGUUUAAUCUUACCAUGCACACGCAUACCAGAGUGACGGCUGAGUCAGUCAGACACACACUUCUACCUGUUGUGGUGUUUGUAGGUCAGGGAGAAGAAAACCAGAGCUUUAAGGUCUGCAUUUGUGUGUGUGCGUGCGUGUGUGACCGACCCACCUGACCCUCUGCAUUAUUAGACACCAGGUCCUGUGUUAACAUUGUUCAUCACAGUUGCCUUUGUUGCAUGAAAAUCGUGUCAAAUGUUGUUGGUGAUAGUGUUGUUGAUGUUGUUGUACUUUGUUUUGAAAGCCAAAGGUUACUUUCAGAUUGCGUGCACAGAUAUUGAUUUUGACUUUAUAUAUAUUUCUGUUUUAAUACUUUUUGUUUUUGUUUUUAGGGAAACAUGUCUGUUUACACCUGUAUCUGAAAAUAUAGAUUGCAUAUAUAAAUACAUAUAUCAUUCAUCUCUC